AUGAAAUUUCCGACUGAGAAUCCAAGAAAACCAGGGAACAUAAACCCUCCGCCAGUGGAAGUACAGACCAACCUGGUCCCCCCGAAGAAGGUGCAGCCAGGCAUGCUGCAGUCCAGCCUGGUGCACGCCAGUUUGGCCACCAUGCAGAACCCAAUGGGCUGCGCAGUGCCGAGGCUUUCUGUCUCGUCCCGCCCUGCCAGCAUGGUGGUUAGCAUGGAGGCAUUGGCUGAUGGCUCAGCCCCAUUCACCAUGAUGAAACUGAAGACGGUGCUGGCUGUGUUUGUGGUGGUGGUGGCCUACUUGGUGGCAGGGGGCCUAGUGUUCCAAGCUAUGGAGCAGCCCUUUGAAAACAACCAGAAAAUCACCAUCACAGCAGAGAAAGCAUCCUUCCUGCAGAAACACUUAUGUGUGUCCCCAGAUGAGCUGGAGGCUAUCAUCAAGCACUCUGUGGAGGCUGUGAACGCCGGAGUGAGUCCCAUUGGUGACACGUCCUACAACUCCAGUCACUGGGACCUGGGUAGUGCCUUCUUCUUCGCUGGAACUGUCAUCACAACCAUCGGUUAUGGUAACAUUGCCCCAAGCACUGAGGGAGGGAAGAUUUUCUGCAUUCUGUAUGCAAUAUUUGGCAUCCCACUGUUUGGAUUCCUGCUGGCCGGGGUUGGGGACCAGCUUGGUACCAUAUUUGUCAAAAGCAUUGCCAAGGUGGAGAAGAUGUUCCGGAAGAAACACAACCAGAUCAGUCAGACUAAAAUCCGUGUGACCUCCACCCUCCUCUUCAUCCUGGCUGGUUGCAUCCUUUUCGUCACCAUCCCUGCAGUGAUCUUCAAACACAUCGAGGGCUGGACGGCCUUGGAGUCCACAUACUUUGUGGUCAUUACUUUGACAACAGUUGGAAUAGGAGACUAUGUGGCAGGGGGAGACCGGAGGAUUGAAUACCGGAAGUGGUACAGACCAUUGGUGUGGUUCUGGAUCCUGGGAGGUUUAGCUUACUUUGCUGCUGUGCUGAACAUGAUUGGUGACUGGCUGAGGGUACUGUCCAAAAAGACAAAAGAAGAGGUUGGAGGGAUCAAGGCUCACGCAGCAGAGUGGAAAGCAAAUGUGCGAGCAGAGUUCCGGGAGACGCGCCGACGUAUGAGCGUGGAGGUCCAUGACAAGCUGCAGCGUGCCGCCACCAUCCGAAGCAUGGAGAGACGUCAGUUGGGCCUAGACCAGCGUGCAGUGUCUCUGGACAUGCUUUCCCCAGAGCGCCGUGCUAUCUUUAACAGUCUGGACACCAACAACUAUAAAACUUCUUCGCAGGAGAGCAUUGACACCAAGUUGAACAACCUCCGGUUACGCGGAGCCGAGCAGUGCGAACGGCAAAACAACCACCAAACUAUAUCCGAGGACAACAUUUUCAACCGCCUAGGCUCUGUCACAAAGCUGGCCAAGCGCAACAGGAAUCGUGACCUGAAGAAGAACAUCCCAGAUGAGGGUCGCCGGCCUCACAGUGAGGCCUAUGGCUGCACCACACCCACCUUUGACUGCAGCAUACCCUUUGCAGAUGAAGGAAUAAGGAAGGAUGAAGAAGAGGAUGAAAAUGAAGACAAGGAGUGCAAUACUAGCUUGUCAGAUUUUCCACUGUUUGUUGAAGUUUGUAUGCCACAGAAUGGGUUUUUAUCAGAGCAGACCAAAGAGAAUGAAACACUUGAAGCAAGAGAGUUGCUUAGUGAGAUGGGCCCAUAAACAGAAUGUACCCCUACAAGAGGAGAUUAAAAAAAACACCGGUAGUGCCUUAGGUCUCCCUUAUUCCUGUGUGUUCUUAAGUAGGGACUAUACUUGUCCCAUUGUGUUACAUAUUGUAAUGUUCACAGAAUUCACUGUGCCCUAUGGAUCUGAUGGACACAUAUUGUGUUUCAUAAAUGUGAGAAGUGGUGGGAUCUCUGCAAUUGUGCCAUGCCAAAUGGUGGUCAUAUUAAAAAAGUCAUCAGCUAAUAGGUGUUUAAAUGAUAAAUAACUUAAGUCUGAGCCUUGAAACUGUGGCCAUCAUGUCUCUCAGUUAGGCUAACACUGUACUGAGCUAAUGUUAUCUCAGUAAGACGCACUCACAUGUGUACGUCAACCAGCAACAAUGAACACAACAGCGCCUGUCUUAUGAACCCUUGCCAAAGUUUAAGGUCAGUUUUGAAUUGUCUGUAUCAUGCGUAAAUUGUGAUUAAACGAAGAUGACACUUGCUGUUUGUUCACACCAUUGUUGGUUCACGUGUAUAAGAAAUGAUAAAGCUACCCUUAUGACAGCUGUUGUUAAUUCAAGCAUACAAUAUACCUUGUUCACCAAUUAGACACAUAUGUGUGGUAUUAAAAUGUGUGAUUGUCUGCUGUCCAUGUUAAACUACUUGACAGGUGUUUUCCUUUAUUAUCUGGAGAAUGAUCUGGGGUUCAACAUUGGGUGAAUAUUUCACAAAGAUUUCUACGUUUUGAUUAACCAGGUUAUAUUUAUGUUGUUGAGGUAAAUGCAGACCUUCUUGCACUUUUGAAAGUUGUGUGUGCACUGACUUAUUCAUUGAUUUUGUAUGAUUACCUCAUUGUUUUGUGAUCAGUGUAUUUUGUGUUUUACUUUACAUUUAACAUGUAGCUACUGGUUAUCCUCUCUGGAACUGUUCGCCCUUCGUCAAUGAGGUAACAAUGACAAUUUUGAAAGGAAAUAUUGGGUAUUUUUUCCAAAACUUGGGCCAGUACUAUAUUUAACUUUCAGGAGAAAAUAGGAACCUUACUUAAACAUUGGGUUACUGGUCCCUCCUAGAUGAUGUCAGGCUGUCUAUUUGGGUAGCAAAGCUGAAUAGAAUACCUCCUCCCUAAUGUCUGACAUACUUCUUCUCUCGUUAUCAGACUUGAUGAUAUGGUCCCAGAUUUGAACAUUUCACUUGGUGAGUGCAUUGUUAUCAUCAUCACUGAUAGAAAUGAUGGCCAAAAAGGCAAUGACCACUUUCUAAAAAGCUUGUAUCGUGUUUGAAUAAAUCUGGAAUAUCCUUUAACCCAGACCUAGAGGAUGCUGGUCACAUCCAAGAUGAUGACACUGUCAGCCAGGUGUUAGACUCAAAUAAAAUCAGACAAGGCUGGACAGAAAUAGGGUUUGUUCUCAAAGUGUUAAUCUCAAACUUAUUGGAUGGCAUUGACAUAAUUGUAAAUAUUUUAAAUAAGGUCUGACACAGUAUGGACCUCCAACUCGGUGCUGUGACUCCAUAUUGGCUCAAGUCAGAACACAAGUAAAAGACAAAAACGAUCAUGACCCAAAAAAGCUCAUGUCAAGGAGUAAAAUAGUAAAACAAGAGAGGCUUGAUCUAAAUGUAACAAUUCCACUAUGUGUUUAUUGUCAUGCUGUUUUUUACAUUGCCUACAAAAACUGAGUUGAUAGAACUUGGAUUUAAAUGUCAACUGAGAAAACGCCACACGUUCUCUGUGCAUGGUCCCUAAGCUAAGCUGUUUUCUCUGUACCUUGUCCAUUGGAUGAUGACCUCUUAGAACACUAUCUCAGGGCUUGUUGUCCUAAUGUCUGUUGAUGACACUGUUUGAAAAGUGCUGCAUUCACACUUUGAGAGGAUGACGGAACAAUGACUGCACCGAUGCUCCAUGAAAAUGAGUGAGAACAGAAUGGAAGAUAAGCCAUAAUGCAAGAGGAGGGACUGGUCCAUACUUUAAAUGAAAUACCAGUUAAGCAAUGGUUUGAGAUUAUGAAGAGCACUGUGAGCAUGCACUGUAUACUUUUCAUUGGACUUAAGUCAAACAUAUCAAAAGACAAGUAAGAGACAGCCGGAAAGUGCCUGAAGGGACUUCCUGGAGCAUGGAUUUGGGUUUACCCCUCAGUGGAAUCUUAAUUGAAAAUGUUAUUAUGAACAAAGUAUAAGGAGCAUUGAUGGAGUUAAGCUGGGAUAAGCAAGUAGCAACCACCAUCACUAACACACUUGAAAGGCCGUCGAUCAAGCAAACAUACAACAUUAUAUACUCCUGUUAAAGCCUUAAUACCGCUUUGGUAAAUUGUCAUACUCACCAUGAUGUCACAGAGGAAGGAAGAGUAGCUCUGUAGACCCAAAUUUCAUGUGAUAACAACGUAUUCUGCAGAAAACAGUUUUAUUACAUUAGGGACAUUUUUGAUGGAAUUCUAUGCAGUCGAAAAAAUGUCACAGCCAGCAUCAAAGGCCAUUAAGGGUACUGCAUCUUCGUCUGCAGCAAUGGUGGUGGCUGUAUAAGCUAACUAUGUUCUUCCCAUGAAAUUAAGAACAUUGUCAUUCACACAAUGUACCAUUGAGAGAAAUGACACCAAAUGCAUACAAAUAUGUCACUUACUGUGAUAAAAUCCCAUUAAUUUUUUUAACCUCGCUUAAAUUCAUGUUAAUGUACUCGCUAUAUGUGUAUGCACAUAUCUGUCUGAUCCUACUGUUCAGAUUACUAAGUGAAGCUCUAGGCUAGUUUGAAUGCAGCGAAAGCAAAGACUAUCAUCACUAACAUGUGUUUUAAAACGCUUCUAAGAGCUACCAAACUGUCUACAUUUAAAAAGAAAACCAAGACAUGGAACAAAAAAGGCAUGCUAUGUUGCAAAAAUAUAUUACAAUGUAUAUGGUGUUGAUUGUAUACCACUAUUUGCUUCACAGGAUGAUGCUUACUGACACAUUUAGUAUUUUUAUGUAACUCCCUGUGUUAAGAUGCACAAGAUGCUAGUGCUCUGUACUUGAACGUUGCUCACAGUAUUUCUCCUGCAACCAUUACAUUAAAUGUACUGAUUGCAUUUUGCAAAUA